UUUAUUUUUUUUGAAUUAAAUUUACAAUUUUGUUGAUUUGUGAAAAAAAUGAAUAUAUUUUUUUUCGAUAAACUCUCAUUCUUUUUGACAAAGUCCUUUUUUUUUUUUUAAUAUUUACACCUAGAUGAUUCUUCUCAUCUGUCCUAACCUUGGUGGAAAAAAGUAUUUGAUAUCUAUUACUGAUGAAAGAUAAUAAAUAUCUUUUGAAUUUAAUUGAGAUAUGCGAAAACUGAUCCGAGCACCACAGUUAUUCAAAAAUAUUUAGUUUCUGACUCAUUUUUGUAUGUUGUAUUAGGACUUGUUUGGCCAUUAAACCAAAAAUAUAUUCAUUUUAUUUGAUAUUUUUAAAGUUGAAAAUAGAGUUAAAGUUGUGUUUAGCCAUAAUAUUUAAAACAUGUGAUAUUUUUUAUGUUAAUUAAAAGAUUUUAAAAAUUAGAGUUUUAUGAAAAGAAAUAAAAUUAUAUUAGUAAAUUAUUUUUAAAAAAAUAUAAAAAGUAAUUCAAAAAUAGUAAAAACGCAUUUGGUCAUACGCACCGCUCGACCCAGUCUUACACGUAACCUCUCCCCGCUCGUGACUCCCUUUACUUUCGGCCUAACCACCAAACACCCCUCACCCCCUUUACAUCUUAACCCACAGCCCUUAACCGAACCCUAACCGCCAGCCACCUAGCCCUUCAAGCGUCUCUCAUGGCUUCAGUAGAAGAAGACCAACACGCCGUCCACAACGAUGAUGAUUUGGAAGACGAUGAGGAUGAUGAAGAGGGGGGCUGUCCUCCCCAGAACGAAGUCGUUGUUGAUGAAGAUGAUGACGUAGACGUGGAUGAUGAUGAGGAUUCGACUUCAACUCCUCCUGUGCCUGUUUCCAACCAUUUUGGCUCCCGUGAGGUUACCAUUGCCGUUGUCGGUGAACCAAAACGCCAGCGGAUCAACGAAUUUCCGGUCGCUACUACAACUGUUGUGGAAGAAAAGAAGCCGUUAGCUUUUGAUGAUUCUCGGAAGCUUUUUCAACGGCUGUGGACGGAUGAAGAUGAGAUUGAGUUGUUACAAGGAUUCCUGGAAUACACGACACAGCGUGGUGGUAUAAAUUCUUCCUCUCACCAUCAUGAUACAACUGCCUUCUAUGACCAGAUCAAGAGCAGGUUGCAAUUGGAUUUCAACAAGAAUCAAUUAGUAGAGAAGUUGAGGAGGUUGAAAAAGAAAUAUCGGAAUGUGAUGAGCAAGAUGGGAUCUGGUAAGGAAUUUGUCUUUAAGAGCUCUCACGAUCAAGCCACUUUCGACAUCUCUUGCAAGAUCUGGAGCAAUACAGCACCCAUUGUCAUCCGUAGCAGUGCACCACCACCACAAGAAGAUGGUGGAUUUGAUGACGUGGAUUCACACCUUAACCUUAAUGCCAAUUUCAUUGAUCACAGCCCUAACAUCAACCUUAACCCUAACCCUGACGGGAUUGAUGUUAAGACUCCUAAGUCGAGGAAAAGGUUUCGAGGAGGAGCAGUUCAAGCUGAAGAAAAACCUGGGUUUAUUCAACAGUACUAUCAGCCAUCUGGUGGAGGGACAAAUGUCAUUCUUCCCAUGUCCUCCUCACCUGCACUCAUGCCCACUCCUGUUCCGAUGGCAGCCCCCCCUCUCACAGCCACAGCAGCUUCAAUACCAGGUUUGAUCGAGGAAACAGUGAGGAGUUGUCUAUCACCCAUUCUCAAGGAAUUGUUAAACAAUGUGACUAAUUUGAAUGGAUCAAGAAGUUUUGGGUUCGGAAUAGCAUUGGGUCCAACACCUUUAGGAUUUGGGAGCAGUGCAGUGAGCUCUGAUAUGAAGUUGGAUGAGAAAUGGAGGAAGCAACAGAUGCUAGAAUUGGAAGUUUAUUUGAGGAGAUUAGAGCUUGUUCAAGAUCAAAUAAAAGCUCAGUUGGAGGAACUAAGAUCUAUGACCAGUUAGACGAUGGCUCAAGAUGGUUCCGUUUCAUGUAUAAUAAUUUAGUUGACAGUAUUACCAGAUUGCCGGGGAAAUAUCUAAUUGUUGUAGUUAGAUAACUGUGAAGACCUAUUGAGAUAUUUAACUUUUGGUUAUUGAAUAAUGAGUUCUGUUUUGCUCUGUUCUCUGAUAGGCUGCUUGUAUGCAAACAUACAGCACUACUCUUUUUUUUAUAUGGGAAUGGAUUGAUAGAAGUCAAUGUUGAUUUGA